AUGUUCGUUCAGAAGCAUAAAAAGGAUUUGGAGGAGCUGGCAAACAUUCGCCAGGCGCUCAUUUGCCUCCCUUACCAUCUGGUCACAACAGAAAAAGAGAUGAGCUGUUUGGCUCGGAUAGCAGAUGAGGAAGAGAAGCUUGUGAAGAAGAUAGUUAUUCCAUCUUUUAUUUCUGAGGAAAAACUCUCGUGUAUUAUUGAAAUAGCCAAUCAUGCUGAUUUUGAAAUCAUAGAUGGCCAACCUUCGACAGAGGAAGUUCCAGAAUGUAGUAAAGGACACCAAGGUAACGUCCACCCAAAUAUAACAAAGCAUCCGCAAAAUGAUAGUUGUUAUUCUAGCCAUGUAGUAAAGGAGGAUACGUUUUGCCAGUUGCCAUUAUUAUCGGAGUAUGAGCAGCAUAAUAAUAAUUGCUACUCCAGCCAUGUAGUAAUGCAGGAUAGGCUUUCCCAGUUGCCAGAUGAAAUUCUUGUGUCAAUUCUUUCUCAGUUGACAUUGAGAGAACCGAAUCUCAGAGUUCGGGAUAAGGCGUUGAAUCCAGAUUUUUGCGAAAAGGAAGGGCUGAGGCAUAUCAAUUGGAUUAAUCAUGUUGUGGAUUUACACAGAUCUCAUACUUUAGAAGAAUUCAGUGUCCGUCUUCUUUUUGAAGGUAAUUUCAAAUGUGAAAUUGAUAAAUGGCUCAAGUUUGCAUCAUCAAAGAAGGUCGAAAGCCUUGAAUUAUUCUUGCUAAUUGGUUAUUGGGUAGAAUCCGAUCGAUAUUCCAUUCCCAUUGAGCUUUUAAAUCAUGGAAGUAGUGAUGCUUCACUCUUUGGCUUCGGGGCUCUCAAAAGUCUAACUCUAGACGGAAUUGAUGUGUGCAAUCAAGUUGCCAAGAUUUUCCUCUCCAACUGUCCUCUUCUUGAACAGUUACCUAUAAGAAAUUCUCGGUUAUUGAAACAUCUAGAAAUUGGUCCUUCCCUCAAGUUGAAGCAUUUGGAGAUAUAUCUAUGCAAAAUAGAUUAUUUGGAGAUCUGUAAUGCCAAUCUUAUCUCCUUUGGUUUCAAGGGAACGGAGGAAACAAACUUGUGUCUAGAGAAUGUUUCUUCGGUUGUGAAUCUUCAGAUUGAGGUUUACCGUGGAUCGCUGCCAAUUCUCAUUGAUUUGAUUGCAACAAAAUUCAGUGAAGUGGAGAAGCUUUCAUUUGAAGUUAGUUCUGACCAAUUGAGGGCUCUUGAUUUUCGUCAUUCUUUUCCGAAAUUCAACAAUCUCAAAUGGCUUAUAUUGAGUGUUGUCGAUUGCACUCUACUUGAAGUUACUCCACUUCUGCAGGCAUCUCCAUACCUGCAAAUGUUCGAGAUCAAGGAUCUAUGGUGGAACUAUUCUACCGCUACCUAGACAUAUUCCGUACCACCAUCUCAAAGUGGUCCGAUAUGAAGGUUAUCUUGGCGGUACAGCUGAUGAGGAAUUGAUAAAUUACCUUGUCGAAAAAUCUUUAACGCUUGAGAAAUUCAUCGUUAGUCCUUGCGAUCAGUCAUAUUCCGAAGUUGAGCGAAAAACCAGAAGUCGGGCUUGGCGGCAGCUACAAGGAAAAUUUUCCAAAGGAGUCGAGCUGGUGAUCCUUUAAAUCACCCUCUGAGUACUACAUCUAUGACUCAGUUGAAUUACCAAAGAUUUAUCAGUAGCAGUUAUGAUUUACAAGCACUCUAAAUUUAGGCUAUAUGCAAUACUAGGAGCAGAUGCAGUGAUUUGGAGUAGUGUUUACUUGUUUUCGUAUAUUAGACCUUCUCUAUCAGUGCUACCUUUAUGAUCUGUAAUUUCCUAUUCCAGUUUUCAAUACAAUCAAUCUAUCUAUGUUAACCGUGUGA